UUGUUGUAAUUGGGGCGCCCUCUAUACAGCAACAUAGAUAUAUAAAGAGCCGCAUGUGUGCCGUGUGGUGUACUGUAGUUUGUAUAAUGUACAUCUCAAAUUAAAGUGAAACUUAUUUCUCUGAUCUACAAAAUAUUACAUACGUAACCAUCAAACCAUGAAGGUAAAAGUUCUAUCUAGAAACCCUGAUGAUUACCUGCGAGAAACUAAACGUGACAUACACAAAGUUUUCCGCAACUACAACCCUGUCCUCCACCCCUUUGAGGCUCCAAGAGAGUAUAUGAGAGCUUUGAAUGCUACGAAACUUGACAGAGUCUUUGCUAAACCGUUUCUAGCUUCACUAGAUGGACACCGUGACGGUGUUUGCUGCUUAUGUAAACAUAGAAAGAGAUUGAGUUAUUUAUUUUCGGGAUCCUGUGAUGGAGAGAUACGUCAAUGGAAUCUCACUAACAGGCAAUGUAUCCGAACAUUACAAGGUCAUACUGGGUUUGUAAGAGGUUUAGCAUGUUCACCAGAUGGAAAGAGGUUCAUAUCAGUUGGUGAUGAUAAAACAGUAAAACAUUGGAACUCAGAUCCUCUCAGUGAAGAAAGAGACAUUCCUAUCAACACAGUGGUAGCUAAGUCCCUGUAUACUGGUGUUGAUCACCAUUGGACGGAUUCAAUAUAUGCAACAUGUGGACAAUCUGUUGAUAUUUGGAAUAUGGAACGUUCAGAACCUGUCAGAGUUUAUAAAUGGGGGAUGGAUUCAAUUCAAAGUGUCAAGUUUAAUCCUGUUGAAACUAAUCUGUGUAUAAGCACAGUUUCUGACCGAAGCAUCAGACUUUAUGACAUUAGAGCUGCGGUGCCUCUCAAUAAAGUAACAUUAAAACUUCGAAGUAAUGUUGCUGUGUGGAAUCCCAUGGAAGCAUACAAUUUCACUGCUGCCAAUGAAGACCAUAACUUAUAUACAUUUGAUAUGAGAAAAUUGGAUUUUGCAUUGAAUGUCCACACCGAUCACACCGAUGCUGUGCUUGAUGUUGAUUAUUCACCAACUGGUCGCGAACUUGUAUCUGGGAGCUACGAUAGGACGAUACGAAUAUUUCCUGUGUCUGGUACUGGUCAUAGUAGGGAAGUGUAUCAUACAAAACGAAUGCAACGCGUAUUUACUGUAAAGUGGUCAGCUGAUAACAGGUAUAUUUUAUCUGGAUCUGAUGAAACAAAUAUUCGAAUGUGGAAAGCAAGGGCAUCAGAGAAACUUGGAAGGAUGACGCCUCGUGAAAAAGCAGCUGCUGAUUAUAAUGAAAAAUUAAAGCUGAAAUAUGCCUACCAUCCUCAAGUAAAGAGAAUUGCACGCCACAGACAUGUACCUAAAACUAUUUAUCAAGCUAUGAAAGAAAAGAAAUUGAUAAAAGAUUCUCAACGGAAAAAAGAGCAAAAUCUGAGAGCCAACAGCAAGCCAGGGACUGUUCCACGGGUGCCAGAAAAAUUAAAACACAUUGUUUUGCCACCACAAGAGUAAAUUGUUACAACAAAAGUUUUAUUACAAUUAACAACACAGUGAAGAACAUUGACAUAAUAAAAUACUGUAUUACCAACAACAUUAUGUGUAUUUAUCUUAAUGGCAUGUCUUGCAAUAUAUGAUUAAUGAACAUUGUUAAAUAUGUAGAAUGUGUUACAACAACUUAAACAUUAAAACAACAUGAAUAAAGCAAUAUACCA